GGAGAGAGGGCGGGGCCCUGGGAGCUCCAGUGACUGAUGUGUAGAGCAUAGAGGAUGCACAGCUCUGCAGAGGGGACAAGAGAACAUUCGCUUGUCUUGGAUGUAAGCUCCAACUGACGUAUCAUGUGUGAUGAGGCAGAAAUCCAAGAUGUUCUUUCAGAACAUAGCAGCAGCAGCCAAUCGGAAUCGGAAGAGGACCCUUAUGAAUCUGAAGAUGUCCAGCCUUAUGAAUUCUAUUCAGCAGGCUCGUUUUUUCACCCCUGCCCUCCACGCACUACCCAGGUUGUGUUUGACUACCAUUCUGGUAAGAGGGUAGCACGAUUGAAAUCUCCGCGAGAUCUGUAUGGCGUAUCCUUAGCCAGCUUCUAUCAGCUCCCACGAUGGCCGUACGAAUGCCAGGUUCUAAAGGAGAAGAUUGAGCAUAUUGAGUGGGAGCCGCUUGUCCCUGAGCCCAUAUACAGGCUGACGGGACUGGAGGAAGAACCUGCGUGUACAGACCCACUAGAGAGUAAGGUGGUCUAUCAAGUCAGUGAAGGAUGGAAGGAGCUGUGUUUCAUGUGCUCCCGGGUAGGUGGGAAUCGCAGUCCCCUAAAGCCGGUGUCUUCAUGCGGCUGUGAUGAUUCGGAGCUGGUGUUUGAGUCUCGAUUCGAGAGUGGCAAUCUGCUGAAAGCGGUCCAGGUGGGUAAACAUGAGUAUGAGCUGACCCUUCGUACUGACCUCUACACGAACCGACACACCCAGUGGUAUUAUUUCCGAGUGACAAACAUGAGAGCUGGCAUUCUGUACCGCUUUACUAUCAUCAACUUCAUGAAACCAACCAGCCUCUACAACCAUGGCAUGAGACCUCUUAUGUAUUCUGAAAAAGAGGCAACUACAAGACAGAUUGGAUGGAAGAGAAUUGGGGAUGAGAUCAAGUACUACAAGAACAACCUUGGUCAGGAUGGACAAUCCUAUUACUCCUUGUCCUGGACCUUCAGGUUCCCACACAGUAGAGAUGUUUGUUAUUUUGCCCAUUGUUACCCAUACACCUAUUCCAAUCUUCAGGAUUACUUGGCCGGGAUUGCCAGUGACCCAGAACGCUCCAAGUUCUGUAAGAUGCGGGUCUUGUGUCAUUCGUUGGCUGGGAAUAUUGUCUAUGUGUUAACUAUCACCAGCCCUUCCCCAGCUGCCAAGGAAUCCAAGAAGAAAAAGGCUGUGAUUUUGACAGCCAGAGUUCACCCAGGUGAGACCAACAGUUCCUGGGUGAUGAAAGGCUUCCUGGACUACAUCCUAAGCUCCCAAAUUGAUGCUCAGUUGCUAAGGGACACCUUUGUCUUUAAAGUGGUGCCUAUGUUAAAUCCAGAUGGAGUGAUUGUAGGCAACUACCGUUGCUCCCUUACUGGUCGAGACCUUAAUCGUAACUACAAGUCUAGGUUGAAAGACUCUUUCCCAUCCAUAUGGUUCACUCGUAACAUGAUUAAACGAGUGAUGGAGGAGCGGGAGAUACUGCUGUACUGCGACCUGCAUGGACACAGCAAGAAGCAGAAUGUUUUCAUGUACGGGUGUAAAGGCAGAGGAGUCCAAAAUGGUGGCAGACGUCUGUCUGAGCGCUUGUUUCCCUUUAUCCUCAGCAAGAAUUCUCCUGACAAGUUCUGUUUUUCAGGCUGUAAGUUUAAAGUGCAGAGGAACAAGGAGGGGACAGGACGGGUGGUGAUGUGGAAGAUGGGCAUCCAGAACAGUUACACCCUGGAGGCCACUUUCUGUGGAUCAACACUGGGCAACAGACGUGGAACUCAUUUCAGCACAAAGGACCUGGAGUCUUUGGGCCAGCACUUCUGUGAUGCCUUAUUAGAUUACUGCGACCCGGACCGCGCUAAGUACAUCAUGUGUCUGAAAGAACUGGAAGAUGAGGUGAAACAGAACGUCAAUCACCAGCUAAGCUUAGACUCUGAAGCCUUUCUAAAUAUUCUUUCCGAUCUGGACUCCAGCACUGGAGGCUCGGACAGCUCUGACUCUAAUGAUCCUCCUGCCCAUCUGAUGGAACUGGCAUGUAAGGGGAGACCAAGAAAGAAGCUGCUGAAAUCAAAGAGGGAGAGAAAUUCCCAAAGAAAGCAACCCAAAUUAAACCCUUUCCAAGAACAACAGGAUAACAAUGAAAGCACAAAGGACAAGGAAAGGACGGAUGUUGAGGAUCAACCAGCGCAUGGUACCACUGUGAAACAAAGUUCUUUAGAGACGCCAAAAAAAACUCAAAAAGGAUCUAAACAAAAUAAAGCUACCUGGUCUAAAAAGCAAAGCGAGCCGCUGCUCCAAGAUCUGAAUGCAAAGAAGGUGUCUGUUAUCUACCUGGUGUUCGAUUCCAAUGGAGAAGUCAUCAGCACCAAGUCUCAUUCUUAUGCCAGUGACCAGAAUGCAAUCAAGUUAACAAGCCGUUUAAAAGGAUUCCACUGGAAUAGACCUCUUCCGUUAUUUAAAAGCCUUCUGCCCCAAAGAUUUCCUUUAAAUUGCGCCCCGGAGCCAAGCUGUUAUUACAUCAUCCCGCAAGAUGUCAGUGACACCCACGUAUCUAAUAUUUCAUUGCAUGGGUCUGGAGACGGAGUGCACAAGUCAGUGAAAGGCCCUUUUGCAGCUUUGUACAGCGAUGGAAAGCUUUCCAGUUCUGGAAGCCUGUGGGCCGGAGACUCACCCCUGGAAAGGGAUACUGCAAGCUCUGUGCUGGCAGGGGAAGUUGUAAGGAAUGAUCUAUCUCCCCUAUCUGUGGGAAUAAGCGGAUCUGCUUCACCUCUAGCACCCAAUGAUAUGGAAGUUCUGAGCAAUCUGUAUGGAUCUGUAACAGCUCAAGGAAAUGAUGUGCGCUGGAGGCAGAAGAACACAUCUUCAGCACCUUUGGACAGAGAAGAUUGUGCAGGGAGCCGCAGAGACAAGGAUGGGACAGCGAGUAUGAAAGGAGAAAUCUCUCUCCCAGCUGUGACAAACUCCUCAGUAGCCAAGGCCAUUGUUACAGAUGAAGAAAUGUUUCUCCAUCCCACCACUGGCACAAGGAUUUGGCACGUUCGGAAUACAUUACCAAAAAUGGUGACCCGCUCUCAAAAAUCAAAGUCUUUUAGCAGCACCAGUGUUACACCCCCCAGAAAGGGCAACGGUCAAUCUGCCAAUGGGCUGCUACAAAAAAAGAAGCUGGGAAGACCGAUAUGCCCCUUCUCACGGGAAGACCAAGCUGACAGGCAGUAUCCUAUGCUUCCAAUGAGCACCUGGAAAGAUGUCAUGAUUGGACUACAGCAAAGUGAAGGCGGGGCACCUUUAGGGGGCACUCCCCUGCAGUUCAAGAGCCAGCUUGUUGCUACUGCACCAAAGGAGGACAUCUCAAAACACAGGACUUAUAAUUCUGGGAACACAUCCAAGAAACCAGGACAGCGGGUCAGCCUGGCGCCACUUCCAAAACAAAUUUCCCCCGACUCCAAAUUGUGCUUGAAUUAUAGUUAGCUCUGUUUUGCCUCCUGAGGUAGAUAAUGGGGUAACAUUGUCAUUGUUUUUCCAGAAGAACCCCCCCCCCCCAUUUACAGCUAAUGAGCAUUUACACAUUUCCUACAGUGUGUAUAACUUUAUACAAGCCCACCCUUAGAAAAUAAUAAUUUGCAAUUUAGUACAUAGACAUGUCAUUUGUCCCCACUGAUUUUACCUACUGCUAAAAACACACAGGCAUUAUUUAGUCUCAGCUUGUCAAUGUUAGUUGGCAUCCGUUUCCCAAGGCGGUAAGGAAGCUUCAGUGGGCAUGUAGCAGGCACUAAGACCAGUUUGACACCUGUACAUUUUGGUAACACAUAAUAAACCACAUGCAUAUGUGCCAUAAUGCACAUCCCCGAUGCACCACAAUGGACCUUUGUGUUAGCCCACCACAAUACCUUCUGUACAUUGUAGUGUGCUUAGAAAAAAGGUUCAAGUUUGUUAAAAGGUCAUUGUGGUGCUUUACCGAAACACAUGACAUAACACAACAGAAGUCUAGUUCUUGCCUUAGGACCAGUUCACGCCAGACGCAGUUCCAUUCAGUUUCGUGU